AUGACGCCCGAAGGGAACUUACGAGCUCAGAUACUUUUGGGGGCCCCAAGCCCAAACAGAAACAGUCAAGAUGCCCAGGUUAGGGUGGAACUACAGGUGUUCCGGUCACUUCUUACUCGACAGCAAAUCAGUGAACGUGUGUAUGUAAUGGACUGUCAACUGCUACAACGAAGUGCUCAACCAAUUCACGGCAUAUAUAUCGGACAGUAUCGUAUCCGGCUUCUCAAACGGUUGCGCUAUUCCCGCGUACCGGCCUAUAUUUUACGCGAACUGAACAGAGGAUUGCCAAACUGCCGAUAUGAUGGCUAUUGGGCUUCCACUGAGAUUGCGUCUUCAUUUAUAUCGCCCUGA